UAACCCGGAAGAAGAAGUUGCCGUGUUGUUGAAGCUUAGGAGGAAAGAGACCGAUCACACUGUUGGUUUGUAUUGAAGUGGAAAGGCAUGGAGAGUGUGUGAUUAAAUUGACGUUAAGCUGCAGAAGAAGCUCGUUUUCUAAGAGACACACUGACUCAGCGACGGGAAAGGCUACCUGCAGACAGGACGUCUGUUUUUACAGAAGGACGGCGUUUAGGUUGAACCGCAGUUGUGUCAACAUCACACUUUUCAUCCCCACUGAGAGAAACUGGAGGAUGCCUUUUUAAUGUAGAGGGCUCUACCUUAAGGUAGGCAACAGCAGAACUUUGCAAAUGUGAGGAAGUGGUGAGACAUGGAGAAAGACACCUCUGUUUUUGACAUGAAAUCCUAUCUGGGACAUUUCAUGGGAAAGCAGUCAAGUCUCAUUAAGGAAGAGGAUUGUGAGGCUGCCAGUGUAUUACAGCACAGACCAUGUUUGAAGGAAGAGGAAGAGGAAACUGUUAGUGUGAAAGAGGAGGUUUUGAGACCAAUAACUGUGAAGACUGAGUUCAAGGAGGUAACUGAAGAGAGAAAUGAGCAGAUGUCACCUGAGACACACACUGUAAUGGAUUUUCAAGGAGGCAUCAUCUCGGCUGUUUCACCAGACCACCAGAACCCUCUUCAAUGCAAAGAUCCUCAGAUGGACUGUAUGCAAAGUCCUAGGAAAUGUGAACCUCUUAAAGAGAGUGUGUACGUGGCCUAUUUCCAAGACGCCGGUCUGCCUGUUCUAAAGCUGACUGGAACAGACUGUCAAGAACAGAUUAACAAUACAAAUCCAUUAGCGAUGACUUUGAGAACAUCUCCAUCAUGCUCCUCCAAGAAAGAAAAAACUGUGGAAAAGUCCUAUAGGUGUUCUGAAUGUGGUAAGCAACUCUCCAGUUUAAGCCACCUUAAAACACACACAAGAAUUCAUACGGGUGAGAAGCCAUAUCAGUGUUCAGAAUGUGGAAAAGAGUUCUCACAAAUCAGUAAUCUUCACACACAUCAAAGAACACAUUCUGGUGAGAAGGCAGUUCACACCAGAGAUAAGCAGUUUUCUUGUCCUGAAUGUGGCAAGAAAUUCUCUUAUUUAAGCCGUCUUAAAACUCACACAAGGGUUCACACUGGAGAGAAGCCGUACCGUUGUGUUGACUGUGGUAAACAAUUCUCCCAAAUAAGCAAUCUUUACACACACACAAAAAUUCACUCUAAAGUUAAACAGUAUUUCACCAGCAAGUGUGGUGCGCAAUCUUCACAAAUAAGGAAUCUAAGUCCAUAUCAAAGAUUUUUUUCUGGAAAGAAACCAUAUUGCUGUUCUGAAUGUGGUAAGAAAUUCUCUGGCAUAAGCUAUCUUAAAAUACACACAAGAAUACACACCGGAGAGAAGCCUUAUUGCUGUUCUGAAUGUGGAAAAAGAUUCUCACAAAUGAGCAAUCUAUACACACACAAAAGAAUUCACUCUGGAGACAAACCACAUUGCUGUACUGAAUGUGGCAAAGGGUUUUUUCACCUUGAUCGGCUUAGAAACCACCUGAGAAUUCAUACAGGAGAAAAACUAUAUAGUUGUUCUACAUGUGGAAAACAGUUCUCCCAACGAAGCAGUCUUUACACACACAUUAAAAGCCACACAGGAGAGAAGCAAUACUGCUGUCAAGAAUGUGGGAAGAACUUUUCCUGUUUAAGCCGUCUUAAAACUCAUAAACGAAUUCACACUGGAGAAAAGCCUUAUGGCUGUUCAGAAUGUGACAAACGAUUCUCACAGAUCAGCAAUCUUUAUACUCACAAAAAAAUUCACUCCAGAGGGAAAUCACGUGUCAGUGCAAAUUAUGGUGAACAGUCUUCCCAAAUAAGAAAUCUUGUCACAAAUGAAAAAAAUCAUUUGAAAGAAAAGCCCUAUUGCUGUCCUCAAUGCAAUAAACAAUUCUCUAGACUAAGCUAUCUUAAAACACAUGCAUUAAUUCACACUGGAGAGAAGCCUUACUGCUGUUCACAAUGUGGGAAGCAAUUCUCACAAAUAAGCAAUCUUCACACUCAUGAAAAAAUUCACUCUGGAGAAAAGCCACAUUGUUGUGUUGAAUGUGGUAAAAGAUUCUUACACCUAGAUAGUCUUAAUAAACACAUGAGAAUUCAUACAGGAGAAAAACCAUAUUGUUGUUCUGUAUGUGGGAAGCGAUUUGCACAAAGGAAUAAUCUUCACACACAUACAAAAAUUCAUACAGGAGAGAAUCAGAUUCAUGCUGGAGAGAAGCAAUAUUGCUGUCCUGAAUGUGGCAAGAAAUUUUCCUGCUCAAGCCGCCUGAAAACUCACUUAAGAAUUCACACUGGAGAGAAACCCUAUUGCUGUUCUGAAUGUGGGAAGCGAUUCUCACAAAUGAGCAAUCUUUAUACACAUGAAAGAAUUCACUCUGGAGAGAAACCACAUUGCUGUGCUCAGUGUGGUAAACGCUUCUUGCACACACACAGUCUUCAUAGACACAGAAAAAUUCAUGCUGAAGAAAACAAAAUGGAAAAAAUGAAUUUGUCCUCUAUUGUAAGUCGCGCUUAAACUGUCAUUGGAAAGGAGUGCAUCUUUUACAAAUCUGUUACAUCUGUGAACUAACAAAGUCAACAUAGCCUGCAUGAUAACAAUAACAACGGACAAGACUGCAAAUGGUAUGUCUCCUGGCUUUAUACUCCCAAUCUUUUUUUUUUUUUUUUUUAUUAAGGCUUUUGUGAAGAGUAAAGUAAAGGUAAAAAAAGCAUCCUUCAUAAAAAUAGUCGAAGAACAGGUAAAUUUUAAUUUCUGUGAAAAUGUUGUUCAUGAUCAGGGUGCACAGUUGUGUCAUGCAAGAGAAAAUAGUAAAGCAGCCCAAUUCGCCAGUGCAGAUUUUGUCAAAAGUGCAUGACUGUGAUACCUAAAAGACCCUGGGAGAAAAAUGCAAGAAGGAAGAGUUCCUGAUGACUUGGAAGCAUACUCUUCACCCAAAGUUGUUCAAAGGUUCGUAAAAAAUUGAGUGUGCCAUUUAUGUGAUCUUAUUUAUUUUUGAACAAGUACAGUACCCAAAAUGCAUAAAAAGCACAUUAACCUAAAUUCCUCUAAGAAAAAAAAAGUAUUCUUGGUAUACGUACAUAUUGAUAAAAAAUAAUUGCAAACUUCUUCUCUGUCAGUUUGAAGUGGACAGAAAUGUAAAACCAAGCCUUCAAACAAUGUGAUUUCUAAAUGGGAGAGUAAAAAUUGUGUUUAGAUUUACUUAUUUAGCAAGUUCCUUAAGGCUUUUUAAAUUACUUCUCAGAAUGACCAGCACAAAUGACAAAAUGCAACACAAGCAGCUGUAACAAAAUGCAGAGGAGAUGAUAAAGGCUUGAGGCCCCAGUUUGAUGGUUUUUGGAAUUUGUUUAAAUGUAAUUUUAUUGUCUGUAUACCAAAAGAGGAGGAAUUAGGAAGGACUUGAUGUGAUGUCCAUUUUUGAGUUCUGGAAACAGAAAUGGAGAUUGUCGUCAUAUACAGAUGUAAUCUCUCACUCCAGUUCCUCCGGUGUCCUGAUAAAUCUGUCCUUGUAAGACACUCACAUGGCAGAAUGUUAAAAGACCUACUGGUGAGGUUGAUACCUUUCUUGGCAGUGCACCAUGGACAAAAUUUGACUAGCAAAAUGUUACGUAGUUAAGAAAUGUGAUCUUUGACAGGUGAGCAAUUAAAUACUUGGACCAUACUGUCAUUUACAUAUGGGUUUGCAGAACUAUCUUUACCACAGCUCAUUCCUUACAGAAAUUUAAAGGAAUCAAAGUCUGUCAUCCACCUUGCACAAGUCUACAUUUUUGUAACAUUUUAAAUUAAGAAAAUGUAAUUCUGUAAAAACAAACACUAAUGUUUCAAAUCAAUAUGAAAAUGGUAUACCGAUACUUGGAAGUAUUUUGUUUUUGAAGUGUUGCUGGCACUUUUAAUAAGCCCCAGAUAACAGAAUUAUGAUUGUAUCAGAAUGGGACCCCAUUAAGUG